ACAGCAAUGAAAUUUCUGUUGGUUUUUGAUUUUGACCAUACAAUUGUGGAUGAAAAUAGCGACACCUGGAUUGUGAGAUGUGCCCCUGACAAAAAGCUUCCCAAUGAGUUACGGAACUCCUACCGGCCAGGACAUUGGACAGAAUAUAUGGGCAGAGUCUUUGUCUACUUGGGGGACAGUGGCGUUGGAGAAGAUGACAUGAAAAGAACCAUGACAGCAAUUCCUUUCACUGCGGGCAUGGUCGAUCUUCUGGGGUUUAUUGGCAAGAACAAAGAGUUUUUCGACUGCAUCAUUGUUUCAGAUUCUAACACAGUAUUUAUUGACUGGAUUUUAAAAGCUGCUGAUUUCCAUGAGGUGUUUGAUGAAGUGUUUACAAACCCAGCAGUGUUCAGCAGUACUGGCUACCUGACCGUGCAGAACUUUCAUGCCCACCAUUGUCCAAAGUGCCCUAAAAACCUUUGCAAAAGGACAGUUUUAAAAGAGUUUCUAGAUAAACAGGUGGAGAGAGGAGUGAGUUAUACACAGAUUACCUAUAUUGGUGAUGGUGGGAAUGACUUGUGCCCUGUGAUGUUUCUGAAGAAGGGUGAUGUUGCUAUGCCCAGGCAUGGGUAUACCCUAGAGAAAAAGAUUUCUCAGCUCUCUCAAGAUUUCUGUCCCAUAGAGUGUUCUGUUCUGGUUUGGUCAUCUGCUGUUGAAAUUAUGUCUUAUCUGAAGCUGCUUAUAAAAGAACAUUUGAAGUGAUAAAAGGAAACUGAUUUAUCCUUUUUUCUUCCUGGGUGAGAAAUGCUGAAUGCACAUGGAAACACAACAUUAUGGAACUGGGAUAUUAGCUGAACUUAUGUUGUUCAAACAUAAUAUAAAAUUGUAUUUUCAGUUUUGUCAGUAGUGGGAAAGUGAUGUUAAAAUGGCUUUCAGGCGUAGUGUGCAUUCUGACCUUUGUGGAGAAGUGUGCAUGUGGGGGGGAGGGGGCUGCGUGAGGAAUUGCCAAUUCCUUUUGUCUUCUCCAUCCUGAGCCUUUCCCAGCAACCAAAGUGAUGUUCCAUGUGCUGUAAGGAAGGAGUAAGAUUAGUGCACAGAAGAAUAAUUAUUUAAAAGAAUUUAUAUGCUUUACUUACCAGGAAGGUGAUUCUGGAACUUCUGGCUUUGAAUACUUUUUUAAAAAUCGGGGAUAAAUGUUUAAUUUGUAAAUGAUUUGGUAUGUCUCUAAUCCUGUUUGAUCUGAAGAUGCAUUUAUAUUUUUAAUAUACUGAAUAUUUUACCAAACUAAAUUCCUUUUUAAUAGUUUGUAUUAAAGACAAUAAAAAUUACAGUCACUGAGAAGAGCAGUGCUUGAUUUUGUAAGCUAUUCUGUAGUGCAUUCCGUUCCUGUAAGGGCCUGGAGUGGCUUAACACAAGUGUGGGUGUCAGUCUGCAGAAUACCAGUCUUUUGGUCAGUUCUCUCUUGAAGCACAGGAGGAAUGUUGUCACUUUGCAUUGUUGCCACUUGGUACAGAGCCUGUGCUGUCAGAUGGGACUCAGCCUGCUGCUUUUUCUGCUGCCCACAGAAUGCUGUGUGUGUCCCUAUGCGUUCUUGUACCAGUUUCACUUAUUCACUCUUGUCUAUGUGCAUCCUGUAAUCCUCUUCUACAAGCUGAAAAGGAACAUCUGUGUCUGUUUUAACUGUGUAACAAAAUUUGCCUGUGUUUGAAUAAGGAAUCAUUUGUGAGCAUGUAGUGAGCAUGUUUCUCGCUCGUGGUGAGACGAACCAUAAGACUUGUACUAUG